AUGGUGAAUUACGACGACGGCUAUGCAGCCGAAAAGGUUGACUCACAACAUGACGCUAAGCACCUUGAAGUCAGCGCUGACUCUCAGUUGGCACUCGCUGCCGACUUUGAAGACCACGAGAUGGGCAUCUGGAAUUACCCCUGGGCAUGUGCCUGGUGUGUUUACGCAUGCUGGACUAUCAUCCUACUCAGCUUCGACGUCCAGGCUGUAGGUGCUGUUGUGGGGAUCCUCGAGUUCCGCAAAGACUUUGGAUACGAGUUCAACGGAGACUAUGUCCUUCCAGCUAUCUGGCAGUCUGCCUUCAGCGGCGCACCUAUUGCCACUGCCGUAAUUUCAUCGAUCGCCUCCGCCGAGCUCGCUGAUUACAUCGGCCGGAAGAAAGUCCUGGCUUUGGCCCUCGUCAUCUCCUUUAUUGCCGUCGCCAUUGAGUUCAUUGCAACAAAAAAUCCGGUCUUCUUUGCUGGAAAGCUUCUCAAUGGUUUCAUGCUCGGUGCUGUCGGCACCAUCAUGGUGAGCUAUAUCGGAGAAAUUACACCACUGGCCCUCCGCGGCAUCUUCACUUGUGGAGUCGGUGUUGCCUACGGAAUCGGACCUUUAGUUGCGUUUAUUGUAAUCAACUACACCGGCACCGUCGAGUCCCGCUGGGCCUACCGCACAGUCUUCUGCUGCCAAUUCGGCUUUGCCGGAGUUUCAGCGAUUCUUUGGCCAUUCAUGCCUGAAUCUCCGUGGUGGCUAGUAUCUAAGGGGAAGAAGGAAGAAGCUCUUGAGAGUCUUGGAAGGCUUGGACACUCCGGUAAUGAGGGAAGAGCGAAACUUGCUCUCAUUGAGCGCACACUCAACGAGGUCAAAGCCGAAACAGACGGUGUUACCUACCUGGAGUGCUUUAAGAAGUCAAACCUGAGAACGAUCAUCAGCAUCAUGCCUCUUUGCAUUCAGAGUUUCAGCGGAAUUGCCUUUGUGGCCAGCUACUUCACUUGCCAAGUCGGCCGAAGAAACCUGACGUUCUAUGGCCUGGCCAUUCUUACAGUCUUCCUUCUGAUCACAGGCGGAUUGGGAACUGGCACCAGCCAGCCCAUGAUCAAAGGAACCGUUGCAUUCAUUCUCAUCUACAGCUGGUGGUACAAGGUCUCAAUCGGAUCAACCGCCUUCUCUCUGCUUGCCGAGGUGUCUACUUCUCGUCUACGAGCCGAGACCGUCGCUAUCGGAUAUGCAUCGAAAAACUCCAUCAACGUCAUGUGUCAGUUUGUCAUCCCGUACAUGUUCAACCCGGACAAUGCCAACCUCGGCGCCAAGAUUGCCUUCAUCUUUGGUGGCUUCCUGAAAACUGGCGGUCGCUCCUAUGAAGAGCUUGACGAAAUGUUCGCAAAGGGCGUUCCGGCGAGAAAGUUCAAGUCAUAUAAGACGACUGUGCAGUUGCGAAAUGAGACUGCUGCACAUGAUGGGAGCCACUGA